CUUUUUUCGUUACAUCCCUCUACGUUUCGACAGCCGUGGCACGGAACUGGAUGUUCAGUACCCCAAGGAUAAUGGAACACUCUGUUACUCUGCUUUCUUCGACUCUGAGCGAGGACGAAGCAAACAGGGUUGGCGUACACCCCCACCACGUCGACGCCGAGGCUGAGGCUGAGACGACGGCCAAGAAGCAGCGCAGGAAGAUCCAAAACCGAAAGAACCAAAGAGCACACCGACUGCGGACUAGGGAGCAAGGCCCGGGGUCUGUUCAGAUGUUGCGCCCGUUCCAAGUCAGGCGCUGGCGCGUGGACGAACCCGAUGUUUGUCCCUCCCAAGGCGCCUCAACAGAAUUGAGUGUCGCAACCGCCACGUCUAUCUCCCCUCCACAGUCUCACACUCACGCCAGUACAACAAUGUUCACACCUGAACGCGCCGGGCUCAUUCGUGGGCCACCACCCACCCUGCUCCAUGCCCAGACGUCACUAACCGCCCCGUCCUUCAUCUUCCCCCUCUCAACUGAUCACCUCCUCCAUAUUAUUCAGUAUAAUGUCUUCCGUGCUUUUGUCUCCAACAAGCGCACUCUUAAUACCCUUCUCACAGGCUGGACCGAUGGUCCUCCCUCCCCAACUACCUGUCCCAUCAGUGGUCCUUAUCGUGAUGACACAACCAUCUACCCCCUGAACCCCAAUAUUCCUCUCGCCCUCGUCCCGACCUGCCUCCAACAAACCCGCUGCCACUCCCUCUGGAUCAAUUUCUUCCCCUUCCCCCGCCUCCGUGACAAUCUUAUAAGACGCGAUGGAAGAUUCGACCACUGGGAGCUGCUACAAGACCUCAUUGGUGAGCUUAUGAGUGCCACGCCGGAUUGAGAGCGACGAGGUACGCCCCGCACCAUUACUGUCUCCGAUCCCGAAUCUAGGUCGACCCUGCCCCCUGGAGCAGGACGUGAUGAGGAUGAGGUCACUGCGGGGCGCAAGGGACUUAUUGUUUGGGGUGAACCGCAUGUCAUGCAGAACUGGGAGGCCACCCCGGGCUUUCUUACAAAGUGGUCGUGGGCUGUGGAAGGAUGCGACGAUUUAGUUGAAUCUAGUAACCGCUGGAGGCUGGUGAGGGGAGAGGAGCCUAUUCGGCUCUCAGAAUCGAAAGGGUAGUCGGAUAUGUUUUAAAGCAAGUGAAGGAUUGCCGGCUAAGGGGCAAUAGGGACUAUCCUUAGAGUACCGUCGCUCAUAGAUUACACCCUAAUCUUAGAUACCAGACGGAAGGUUAUCACCAACGCACACAAAACGCCAAGGAUACGAACGUUGGCCCCGGUCUCAUCACUCCUCUCGGUUCCGGCCUACAUAGCAGGGAUUACUCCCUAAUAUAGACUUGGCACAGUUGGCAGCAAGUAAAUUACACUAGAGUAUUAAGGAACCCCGUAAUGUUAAUAUAAAG